GGACUAGUCCAAGUAGCCCCAGAUGUGAUGACGCAGUUAGCUCAAAGCCGAAAGGAAGGCUAAUGGCUGAUGGUGCUGGAGGUGAAGGACGAAUCUGAUGUUCUAGAGAUCAACACACUAUAGGAACCUGGAAUGUAAGAUCUAUAAGCCAGGGCAAACUAGACAUAGUUAUUGGUGAGAUGUCAAGAUUAGAGAUAGACAUUCUGGGAGUCAGUGAACUGAAAUGGACUGGAAUGGGCCACUUCACAAAAGAUGACCACCAAAUCUACUACUGCGGACAAGAGGAACACCGAAGAAAUGUAGUAGUCUUCAUAGUUAAUAAUAAAGUUGUGAAAGCAGUGAUUGGAUUCAACCCAAAAAAUGAUAGAAUGAUCUCAAUUCGAGUUCAAGGCAAGCCGUUUAACAUCACAGUGAUCCAAAUAUACGCCCCAACCACAGCUGCUGAAGAAGUAGAAUUAGAUCAGUUCUAUGAGGAUCUGCAGCACCUACUGGAUAACACACCAAAAAGAGACAUUAUUCUCAUUACAGGAGAUUGGAAUGCUAAGGUGGGCAGUCAAAUGACAACCGGGAUCACAGGCAGGCAUGGCCUGGGACAACCAAACGAAGCAGGAUGUAGGCUGAUAGAAUUUUGCCAGGAAAACUCAAUGUGCAUAACAAACACUCUCUUCCAACAACCUAAAAGACAGCUUUACACAUGGAUUUCACCAGCUGGUCAACACCGAAAUCAGAUUGACUACAUCCUUUGCAGCCAAAGGUGGCAGACAACCAUCCAGUUGGUGAAAACAAGACCUGGAGCUUACUGUAGCUCAGACCACGAACUUCUUAUUGCAAAAUUUAGAAUCAGACUAAAGAGAAUGGGGGAAAUACACAGACCAAUUAGAUAUGAUCUCACAAAUAUUCCUAAUGAAUAUGCAGUGGAAGUGAAGAAUAGAUUUCAGGGGCUAGAUUUAAUAAAUAGAGUCCCAGAAGAACUAUGGACAGAAAUUCACAACAUUGUUCAGGAGGCAGCAACAAAGUACGUCCCAAAGAAAAAGAAAACCAAGAAGGCAAAAUGGUUGUCUGCUGAGACACUGGAAGAAGCCCAAGAAAGAAGGAAGGCGAAAGGAAACGGCGAUAGGGGGAGAUACGCCCAAUUAAAUGCACAAUUCCAGAGGUUAGCUAGGAGAGACAAGGAACUAUUUUUAAACAAGCAAUGCAUGGAAGUGGAAGAAGACAAUAGAAUAGGAAGGAAAAGAGACCUCUUCCAGAAAAUCAGAAACAUGGGAGGCAAAUUUCAGGCAAAAAUGGGCAUGAUCAAAAACAAAGAUGGCAAGGACCUAACAGAAGCUGAAGAAAUCAAGAAAAGGUGGCGAGAAUAUACAGAAGAUCUGUACAGGAAGGAUAAUAAUAUAGAGGAUAGCUUUGACGGUGUGGUGAGUGAAUUAGAACCAGACAUCCUGAGGAGUGAGGUUGAAUGGGCCUUAAAAAGUACUGCUAACAACAAGGCAGCAGGAGACAAUGGGAUCCCAGCUGAACUGUUUAAAAUCUUGAAAGAUGAUGCUGUCAAGGUGAUGCAUGCCAUAUGCCAGCAAAUAUGGAAAACACAAGAAUGGCCAUCAGAUUGGAAAAAAUCAAUUUACAUCCCCAUACCAAAAAAGGGAAAUGCUAAAAAAUGUUCAAGCUUCCGUACAGUGGCACUUAUUUCCCAUGCCAGUAAUAUAAUGCUCAAUAUCCUGCAAGGCAGACUCCAGCAAUACAUGGAAUGAGAGUUGCCAGAUGUCCAAGCUGGGUUCAGAAAAGGCAGAGGAACGAGAGACCAAAUUGCCAAUAUCCACUGGAUAAUGGAGGAAGCCAGGGAGUUCCAGAAAAACAUCUACUUCUGCUUUAUUGACUAUUCUAAAGCCUUCGACUGUGUGGAUCAUAAUAAACUAUGGCAUGUGCUUCGUGGUAUGGGGAUACUAAGUCACCUUGUCUGUCUCCUGAGAAAUCUGUAUAAAGACCAAGUAGCCACAGUAAGAACAGACCACGGAACAACAGACUGGUUCAAGAUUGGGAAAGGAGUAUGGCAGGGCUGUAUACUAUCGCCCUACCUAUUCAACUUGUACGCAGAACACAUCAUGUGACGUGCGGGGCUUGACGAAUCCAAGACUGGAGUUAAAACUUCUGGAAGAAACAUUAACAACCUUAGGUAUGCAGAUGAUACCACU